GUCGCGUUCAUCCUAAUCCUAAUGAAGCAAAAGAUUUUAUAUCACAUCGGCUCUUCUGGGAGCGUACUGGUUUUAAAGAUCCAUAUACUGUUCAAGAGCAACAGGAAUUUGCUAGGUGUGAUCACGAAUGUAAAGAUGAAAAACAUCAUAAACCACAAAAUCCAAAUGGUCCACCACCACCAA